GACAUUAAAAGUGUCCUGUGUAACCGCACCUAUUGGUUAGUUAUUCAUUUCUACCAUACACAUUAACUAACACUGCAUAGAAAAAACAGGUUGCGAAAGAGACCUCCCCUCAACGUGGAUGCCUUUGUUACAAGGCAGAUAUCUGCCCUAAUGUAGCAAGUUUUACUUAACUGGAAGCAUAAUUAAUAAAAGAAUACCUGACUAUAAAUAAUUAUAGCUUUUUUACCACUUGACAUUGUGUUCUUUGCUCGAUAAUGACUUGUAGAUUGGAGUACUACUAUUAGGAGCACUGGAUUGAGUAAAAAAGCUACUGAGCAGUGUCCCAGAAACUCUGACUCCCUCUUUUCUCUUUCUGACCAUCCUAUACCUUUAGAAAUACUGGUAUAAAAACAAGUACCCCAGAAAAUUGGAAAUUCUGUAAUAGUUUUUUCUGACAUUACAAUUACACCAACCCUUUUACAUUCAUUUUCUAUGAAUUUGUUUAUUUAAAUCGAUGAUGGUUGUUAAAAAAACGUCACAUCUUCACAAUGUAUUUUUGCAGUUUCUGGAUAAAACGGCUAGCUUGCUGUAACACAGUCAUACCUUGAAUGUAAAGGCAUGUUUUAUAAUUUGCUGCUUAGUUUGUUACAGAAAUUUAUUUCCAAGUGUCACAUACACUGGAGCUGUGAAAAAUAAAUGGCAAAGGUCACCAGUUGUUUAUUGUUAAGUGCUCUUAUUCAAAAUUUUAUAUACGUAUAUUCCAGUUUAAAGGUCGGCCCUACAAAUACUUUAACCUUCUGUGGUAUUUAAAGCAGUGUCCCAUUUUACUUUUUAUUAUUAUUGCAUGUGUCUUUGUUUCAGAGUAUCACUUUACUAACCGUGAAGCAGUGCAAAAAAGCAUUGAUGCCAGUGAUUUCAUUGAAUCAGCAGUUUAUAAUCAAAACCUCUAUGGGACAAGGUGAGUGUAGGUACCAUCACUGUAUUUAUUCGAUUAAGCGCUCAACCUGGAAUAAGCACCCACCUCGAAUAACCACCCACCCUAAAAGCAGGAAAAGUUAAUAAGCACCCAGCCUCGAAUAUGCGUUCACCCCCUCUACUAUUUACUGCCCACGAAAAAAAAAUUGACUUAAUUACUGACAAAGAGAUUAAAAUAUACCAUUGCAAAAAAGAGUCUGUAAUGUAUUAGGCCGCUAAGUGUGCUGGGAUAGGAAAAAUCAUGUGCUUUUGAUAGCGGCGGCCAUGUUACGUUUGCAAUGAAAUUGGUUGAGUUAAAUCUGUUUGUUUGGAUACUUUAUUGCUCUUUCGAUCACUACACUGGCGACGAGGACAAAAAAAUGGAAAAGAACCUGUUACCAAAGUUCGAUUGUCUCUCUGAUCCAGCGACGAUUGGCCCCUAAUUUUCCCAUAAAAGACGAGGUGGUUAACUUCAUUCGAACUGUACGCCGACGGGAAAGGGCUUAUUAUAAGCGAAGGAACCACAGCAACUAAACAGAGGCAAAGAGCAAUGUUACUCCACCUGGCUGGGCCUGAUGUACAGGAGAUAUUUACCACCUUAACUGAAACCGGUGAUGCUACAAAUUACGCCAGUGCUGUUGAAGCUCUCAACGCCUAUUUCGUGCUACGGGUAAAUUCAGCAUUCGCCCGCCAGACCUUUUAUCGGAUCUCGCAAAACCCAGGUGAGACAGUUCAACAGUUUGUCACUCGCUUAAGGAAAGCAGAUAAAGAUUGUGAUUUUGGCACUGAUACCGACAACCAGAUAAGAGAUGCAGUUUUAAAUAAGUGCACUUCCACCUACAUCAAACGAAAAUUGCUUGAAGAAGGCCACGGACUAAACUUAACACGCACCCUAGAGGUUACCUAAAAAUGCGAAAAGAUAAAAACCCAACUGGCUGCCCUUUCAGUAAAGGGGGAAGAAUCAGAAAGUAUCAAUAGAAUCAAUGAGAGAAGUAACAAUCCGAGUACUAUCACACAAGGGCGAUUCCAAGGGAGAGAUAAGAUAUGUUAUAGAUGUGGUUUAUUAGAACAUUUCGGUCGUGAUCCCCAGUGCCCAACAUGUAGAAAGUGUCGCGGGAAAGAUGAUUUUGGAAAAGUUUGCAAGACAAAGUCAUAUGCUCGUCAGGUUAGGAGGGAACCCGAUGACAAUGACCCUGGGCCCCAGCAUGACUAUGCAUUCAGUAUUACAGAACGAGAACACUCAGAAAUGGUCACCGUACAAGUAGGAGGAGUAGACCUUAAGAUGUUAAUAGACUCUGAGGCGAACAGCAACAUAAUUGACGAGGGGACGUGGGAACAGCUAAAGGUGAAGGUAGUGAAAUGUGAAUCACAAGCUCCUUCCCCAGACAAGAAGCUGUACCCAUAUGCGUCUAGUCAGCCACUGCCAGUUUAG